CAGAUGACGUCACAUUAAGCUUUUGUCACGUCAUUAUUCUGCGCCGUCGCUUGUUUGGCCCUUUCAAUGAGACGUCUACCACAUAACUAAACUUUUGGCCAUAAUAAAGAUGCCUCUGCCUCCAGCUUUACUUGCACGCCUCGCCAAAAGAGGAAUCGUCAAACAGUCCGACCACGAGGCUGAAGAGGAGAUCAUCGCUGAAGACUAUGAUGAUAACAACGUUGAUUAUGAAGCUACCAGGCUUGAAAAUUUACCAGCGAAUUGGUACAAAGUUUUUGACCCCACUUGUGGACUUCCUUACUACUGGAAUGUAGAGACCGAUUUAGUGUCCUGGUUGUCCCCUAAUGAGCCGACUGCUGUCAUCACCAAAGCCGCUAAGAAGCAGAAAGGUGAGACUGGACAUGACAAAGCAGACAAUCACUAUGAGAAGGCAGAGAGAGACCGGGAUCGAGACAGAGAGAGGGACAGAGAGCGCGAGCGUGAGCGGGACAGAGACAAGGAGGACGGACGGGACAGAGAUCGAGAUCGAGACAGAGACAGGGAGCGUGACAGACGGAUGCGGAGAGAUGACAGUGCGCCGUAUAGCAAAUCAAAGAGGGGAGGACCAGGAGGAGGUCGUAAACCGCAGCAGGAGGAAAUGGAUCCUAUGGAUCCCAGCGCCUAUUCAGAUGCUCCAAGGGGCUUAUGGUCCACCGGUCUCCCCAAACGCAAUGAGGCAAAGACAGGAGCGGACACCACAGCAGCAGGACCCCUGUUCCAGCAGAGGCCGUACCCCAGUCCCGGAGCCGUUCUGAGAGCAAACGCUCAGAACACGAGACGCUUGGAAGAGGAUGAUGAUGAUGACGACGACGACGACUGAGCAGGAGUAGUGUGUCUGUAAAGCCUUUAUGAUGUUUAAAAGGCUCUUGAAAUAUCUUUUCUUACAUUUAGAAGCAACAGUCAUUUGUAAAUAUACCAUGUGUUGUGUUUCACAUUUUAUAAACAAUCCCCAAUUUACUUAAGCUAGUGAUGCAAAAUAAACAUUUUGUUUAAAGGUGAA